GCCUGGGCCACACUAUCGUCUAUAUUGACAAAAACGAAAACGAAACGAAAUGAUAUAUGAUCAUGAUAUCAAGAAAUAUUCCUUCCACCUAAUAAAACGCAAGAAAAACUGUGGCAGGACUGUAGGAUGAUUGUUAAUUUGGAGAUCAUAUUAUGGAACAACAUUAUGUCUGUCUUGAGCUCAGACAUGACAUAUAAUGGUUUUAAGUUGAUGAGAUUAAUUGUUGAUGUUGGUGGAGAAGCUUUAAGAAUAACAUUGAGGAAACAACUGUCAGGGAGCAACAUUAUGUCUGUCUUGAGCUCAGACAUGAAAACUAAUGGUUUUAAGUUGAUGAGAUUAAUUGUUGAUGUUGGUGGAGAAGCUUUAAGAAUAACAUUGAGGAAACAACUGUCAGGUACUGAUUUAUUUUAUGUUUUAAAUAAGACAGAAAAUUAUAAUAAGCUUUUGUUGCUAAAAGAUAAGCAAAUUAUAAAGCAACAUCAAUGGGAUCUACUGUAUCCUUCUCCUCCAAUAUUACCAAAUGAAAAUAAGUUUGACAUUACUUUACUUUGUAUUCUCCUGCGUAAUAUUUGUGGUUUAAAACCACCUCGUGAUCCAAUAUGGCAAAACAUGCCUAAUGUCACUGAUUGUUCAACUGAAGCAGAUAUUACCCGUAUCAGGUUAUUUCGUAAUGAUCGUUUUGCUCACUUACCUGACACUUCAGUAAGCUGUGAUGAAUUUGAAAAUCAUUGGCUGGAUAUAAGUGAACCAUUAGUUCGUUUAGGAAUAAGUCAGGAAAAAAUAGAUAGAUUGAAAAAUGAGUUGUUUGGUAAUGAAGAAUGUGAAAGAAUUUUGAGAGAAUGGGAUAGAUUAAAGAGCGAUUUAACUGAUAUUAAAACUGAUCAGAGAGGUAUUAAGAGAACAGUGGAGGGUAUAGAGAAAGAUUUACAACAGGUAAAAGAUAGUGUCACAGUAAUUAAAGACGAAGUACAUGAAAUACGACAUCACCCUCACUUAGGUUCAGAAGAAGAUAUUUUGACAAAAAACCUUGUUAGCUGUAACUUUGAAAGUGAAAUUAGGCAUCAUUAUGAAAAAUUUUUAGAGGGAACACGGAAAUGGGUUUUUGAUGAGUUCUUAGCUUGGUUCGAAGACGACAGUUCUAAAAAUCGUGCAUUCGUUAUUUCUGCGGUUGCUGGAAUGGGUAAAUCUGUAGUUUCAGCUACUUUAUGUAAACGUUAUCCACAAUAUUUGACUGCAGUUCAUUUCUUUCAACACAACAACAGUCGUUACAAUAAAGCCAAUGUACUUCUUCAAUCUUUAGCUAUGCAAAUUAGUCGUAAGUUUCCUGCUUACAAACAACUUCUUGUGGAAAAACUUUCAAGUAAACUCUCUCAGCCUUUGAAUAACAUGAAUGUGGAAGGAUUAUUUUCCCUUCUUUUUACUGAGUUGUUUUAUAAUAUCUCAGAAGUUCCCAAGCGAAUGUUAGUUGUGCUUGAUGCUCUUGAUGAAUGUGGUUAUCCUGAAAGAGAUGACCUUGCUUAUUUGCUUGCUAAUCACUUACACAAACUUCCGCCUUAUUUUCGUUUUGUAAUUACAACCAGACCUAACGAAGUUGCUUUGAAUAAGUUCGAAAAAUUAAAUCCACUGUUCAUUAAUUGUAGCGAUGAUCGCAAUUUAGAGGAU